CAAACAGUAAGGGCCGUUUUGCAGAAGCUCCCUGCCUGGGGGUCAAACUUCAGCUGGUCGAGUCGCACAGACGUGGAAAAGCAUGGAAUGCACUGUUUCAGCAGCGGAAGUAGAGCGAUGCGUUGAGGUCUUAUCUGUAUCAACGCGAGUGUUAGCGUCGUCGGACGGAGGUAGUACCAGCUCCGGGCGCAACCUCGUGCUGAUAAAAGGCCAAGGAAGAGGCCAAGGUCUUGUCAAAAUGGAAGAUGACGGCAGACUCCUGUUUGCAGAUCCAGACAAAGAAACGGAAGGGGAGUGUUUUAUUCGCCGAAACCAUUACGCGAACAGGAGUUUUGUCGUCUGUACAUUUGAGAGUGAAGAUUACUUUCGUAGCUAUAUCUGGGCAAACACCAAGACCAACGAUUUCACAGUGUCUGGAAUGGAAGCGCAGGACUUGCAGGUUGCUUACUGGAGGACGGUUCACUACUAUAAAGUGACUGGUAACAUUGAACACUACAACAGGAUGAACGGUGACCCAUGGUACUGUCUCCAGUACUGGGGAGACGAGCGAUACAGGACAACUAAACUGGAAGAUGGUCUGUUUAUGGUAGCUGAGGGCACAGGCACAACAGCCAAGUUUGCCCUCAGAUCUCUCAAAGAACUCAAGGACAAGAAAAAUGGAAUUUUUAGCUUUACUUCAGUAACACAUUAAACUUACACAAACCCUGCAAAUUUCCAGACUUCAUGUCUGCAAUGAAUAGUAUUGUGUAUAAUAAUAUAAGCAUGCCUCUGUCACAUGCAAAACGGUAGCUGAUAAAUGAUUUCCACCAUUAUCAUAAUUAUUAUCUACCAAACAAUGCAAACUCUUUGAAGUGUUGCCUGAAUACUGUAUGCUGACUAAUCACCACAUGAGCUAAAGUACACUGGCAAGUUUUUGCUGAUGCACACUACAGUGUGAAGACUAAAAACGUUCUAAAAACUAAACAGUGAAUGGAGGGGUUAGUUAAACACAGUCUAUGACAACAUGGACUGUGCCCGUGGCUUGCCGCUCUCACUCAGCUGGUUGUCCAUCACUGCUAGAGAAUUCUCCACGUCUCUUGCCAGUUGAGGAUCCUGCAGUUUCUCUUCAAUGACUCGGAUCAGAGUUUGGCGCGUAGGCGGAGACCCCUUCCCCUGAAACCACUUCAGAAGGCACUGGAACUUUUGUUCGCUGUAGUCGUGGCUGUAGUCGGCUUCAAUGGCGGUUAUGUCUGCUUCGCUGAGGCCCAGUUUGCGAGCCAGCGCUUGCCAGUGGACGACCUUCUGUGAGACUGUGACCAAGUCAACCCUGGUG